AGCCCUCCAAUGACUGUUUGAGAAACCCCGUACAACCGGAAGCGGAAAAAAUCUCCCGCGGCAUGAGUUUCGCCGCCAUUUUGCAGCAGCCCUGUUGAAAAGAGUGUGAGCGCAGGCACGGCGGGAUCUGGCCACUUUAUUCUCUUUCGGCUCGUUUCCUCAGGAUUUAUCCCAACAUAAUCCAAGAUAUUUCCUGACAGAUCACAAAGACAUGGCCACAGAGCAUAUAAAUGGAAAUGGUAUGGAUGAACCGGUGGAUUCUUCGACUGCAAUUACUCAUUCAGAGCACUUCCAGACACUACUAGAUGCGGGCUUACCGAGAAAAGUCGCUGUCAAGCUAGAUGAAAUUUACAUUGCAGGUCUCGUUUCACACAGUGAUCUUGAUGAUCGGGCAAUUGAAGCACUUAAAGAGUUCAAUGAAGAGGGCGCGCUGCAAGUUCUCCUGCAGUUUAAAGACAGUGACCUCUCACACGUUCAAAAUAAAAGUGCCUUUCUGUGUGGAGUGAUGAAGACUUACAGACAGAGGGAGAAGCAGGGGACCAAAGUGUCAGAUUCCACUAAAGGACCAGAUGAAGCCAAAAUCAAAGCUUUGCUUGAGAGAACUGGUUACACGCUUGAUGUGACGACCGGUCAGAGGAAGUAUGGUGGCCCUCCUCCGGGGUCGACCCAUGCAGGAGUUCAGCCCACCAUUGGCACAGAGAUUUUUGUGGGGAAGAUCCCAAGAGAUCUGUUUGAGGAUGAGCUGGUGCCUCUGUUUGAGAAAGCUGGACCCAUAUGGGAUCUCCGUCUGAUGAUGGACCCUCUCAGUGGACUCAACAGAGGAUAUGCCUUUGUCACAUUCUGCACUAAAGAGGCUGCUCAGGAGGCAGUCAAACUUUGUAACAACAAUGAAAUUCGACCGGGUAAACACAUUGGAGUGUGCAUCUCUGUUGCCAAUAAUCGUCUUUUUGUGGGGUCUAUCCCCAAGAGCAAAACUAAGGACCAGAUAGUGGAGGAGUUUGCCAAAGUUACUGAAGGCUUGAAUGAUGUCAUCUUAUACCAUCAGCCCGAUGACAAAAAGAAGAAUCGAGGCUUCUGCUUUUUAGAGUACGACGAUCAUAAAACAGCAGCUCAGGCGCGACGCCGAUUAAUGAGUGGUAAAGUGAAGGUUUGGGGGAAUGUGGUGACUGUAGAAUGGGCUGACCCCAUUGAGGAACCUGACCCUGAUGUCAUGGCAAAAGUCAAAGUCCUUUUUGUCCGAAAUCUGGCAAGCACAGUAACUGAAGAACACCUGGAGAGGACCUUCUGUCAGUUUGGCAAACUGGAAAGAGUUAAAAAGUUAAAAGACUACGCUUUCAUCCAUUUUGAGGAGAGAGACGGGGCUGUAAAGGCGUUAGCUGAAAUGCAUGGGAAGGAUUUAGAAGGAGAUAAAAUUGAAAUUGUCUUUGCAAAGCCACCUGAUCAGAAGAGGAAAGAGCGAAAGGCCCAGAGACAAGCUGCUAAAACCCAAAUGUAUGAUGAAUAUUAUUACUACGGGCCACCGCAUAUGCAUCCUCCAACAAGAGCACGAGGCAGAGGUGCUCGAGGUUAUUCAUAUCCACAAGACUAUUACAGCUAUGAAGAUUAUUAUGAUUACUAUGGCUAUGACUAUCACAACUACAGAGGAGGUUACGAUGAUCCGUACUACGGCUAUGAAGACUUUCAAGCUCACGUGAGAGGAAGAGGCAACAGAGGGGCCCGGUGUCCCACACUGACCAGAGGCCAUGGCUCUACUGUUACCAGAGGACGAGCUGGUUUCUCUCAGCGCGGGGGUCCGGGGUUCAGCCGAGGUGGCCGUGGCUCUAGAGGAGGCUUCCAGCAGAGAUGUCGACUGGCACCUUGUGGACGAAACGGACCAAAGGGAAAGGGGGUCGAGGCUGGUCCUGACCAGGUAGUAUGAAGACUGACUUGUAUGGGGGUUACACCGGAUGCUGCCAGUUUUCAUAAGGUUAUGGUAGACUCUGAUGAUAUUCCAGCCUUGAAGCAUAUCUCCUGUACUGCCACUCCUGACAUCCAUAAGAGUUCUAUAGUCAUGAUCUUGGACUUGCAGUUUUCAUACGGAGCCCAACCAUAUAUAUAAAUAAAAAAAAUAAUAAAAAAAAAAACUCACAACCCCCUAGUUAUAAUCUACAAACCUAAAUGUGCCACAAUUUUUUUAAUCCAAGUUCAGACUCUCAAGGAUACUGCUAUGUUAAAUGUGUUUUGCACUUUUUUUUUUUUUUUUUUUCUCCUGGGUUUGAAGUGGCUCAAAGAAGCUUGAUGCUGAUGUAUAUUUUUGUGAUUACUACAAAUUUGUUGUCGGAAUGUCCAUGUAACCCAAACUGUUUAGAUCUGGAUGGAGAACAUCUGCAGGUUUUCGGUGUAACUGCCUGGCAUUGAUAAAUCAGGCAUUCCAGGAACGUGGUUCUUUUGAGAACUAGUCUUUUAAGGGUCGGUUAACUACCUCAGUAGAGAGGAUUCAACUACCCUGCCUGUACUGUACAUAAAGACACUUAAACACAUAGGAGCAGGGCUUGUUUCUAAUGAAAUAUGCACGAGGGCAGCUGAUGAUAUAAUAUUGUCAAACGGCUGCUGCGCUCACAUUGCAAACAGUGAAACUGGGCAUGCAAACGAGUCUCAUAUGAUGAGCUGGAACAAGCCCUGCUUUUAUCCCAUUUUCAACUGAAUUAGCUGCUUUGCUUCUUCAGAUUAUGUAGUUUUUGGGUGUAUGAUUGUAUGAUAGUUUGGAAUAAAAUGUUACUUUUGUAUUGGCUUAAACAUCACAAAUGCAUCAGCUGCAUUUGCUAAGCCCUGCAGUAUCCUUUUUUCUAUACUCUGAAAACCAGUUCGGCUCUCUAAAGAACAAUGAAUUAUGUUUCAUUCCAUCCAAUAGAGGUUUUUAAUCAAUCAUGAACUUUGAGUGAUCAUUCUCGUUUUGGCUGUAAUGCUCGCCAUGUUCCCCUGGUCUCAUAUACUGGCAAGAUAAGAAAUGAGUUGUGUAUAAACGUGGAUACUGCAGUUUUGGUUUAUAUUCCAUAAAUAGCAAGCAGGUGACCGAACCAUUGAACCGGUUUUGUACACAGUUAACUCCCUCUCGAUAAAGCUGUAACAUUGCAACAUUUUGAAAAGAUGUGAGCAGUUUUAAUCUAUUGUUGGUGGCCAACAACGUUUUUUGCAUUCCAGCAAAUAAAUUGUUUUAUACUGUAAAAUGAGGUGAGUGUAACUUAUUUUUGUAAUAAAGGUUUUGAAUUCUAUCUUAAAACUUGUUCGCUGUCAUAAUCUGGUCGUCUGCAAAGCUGAAGUAAUUUCCGGGGCUGCAAGUUUCUUUUCUUUGUUUAAUAUUACAUGAUUGGGUUGUAUAGGACAUAGUUAAAGCUCAAAGCACCUGCCUUUGUUUCACAGGAUAUGGUGUUGCCCACUGGAUUAAUCCACCUCUGGAAUUAAUGAACAAAAGCCAUCAGGACCAAAACAACAGUGUUGAGUCAUUUACCAACAUUCAGUUUGUCUCACUGACAAGAUGUCCAACAAAACAUAUCCAUAUUGCAUCCACUCAUAAGCAGAAAUAUUCAGCAGAAAUAUUUUCAUUUUUUAUUUUCACAUAUUUCAUUUAAUAGCAUUAUUGUGGAAAUUAAAAUGUUACAAUGGAUAUGAAAAAGUUAUUGAAAAUAAAUAAGGGGAAGGUAUUUGAUUAUGGAGAUGGGUAUAUUAGAAAAACCAAUUCUAGCUUUAUCUGUCGAGACAAUCCAUGUUGGGCAAAAUAAUUGAAUUUGUGUCACUAACUGUAAUUAGAUUUGCAGUUAUAUUAAUGCAUGUUAAAUACUGUCAUCAGAAUCAACAAAUUAUCUUGUUUAACACCCUGAAGGCAGAAAAGCAAACAAAAAAAAGACAUGCUAAUGAUUUUAAGAGAAAAAUAAGUUUGGUUAAUUGUUUGGAUUUAUUUUAUAUAAAACACUGUCGUAUGAAAAAGAAAAGUGGAUUUCGAACAUUUCUGAAAGUUUAAAUUUUUAGACAUUGUAGA